AUUUCCUUCUUCCCCACAGCUGAUAGUCGAAAAGACGACUGACUACCCUUCGGCCGAGUACUCCCUGGUGGAGGAUGUAGCCCUCCACUUCACGUGUUUGAUGGACAGACUGAACGAGCAGCGCCUCUUUCAGCCGGACCUGUGCGACGUGGACAUCGUGCUGGUGCAGCACAAGAGCAUCUUCCCGGCGCACAAGGGGGUCCUGGCGGCCUACAGCCAGUUCUUCCACUCCCUCUUCACCCAAAACAAGCAGCUGCAGCGCGUGGAGCUCUCGCUGGAGGCCCUCACCUCCCAGGGCCUCCAGCAGAUCCUCAACUUCAUCUACACCUCCAAACUCCUCGUCAACUCCUGCAAUGUGCAGGACGUGCUGAACGCGGCCGCCGUGCUGCAGAUGAACAACAUUGCCUCCUCCUGCCAGGACCUCCUUGACACGCGCUCGCUCAGCCUGGCUGCCGACAUGGCCCUGCCCGCCGAGGGCUGUGCCGGCCCCCCGCCCUACUACUGCGAGAUCAAGCAGGAGGUGGACGCCCCCCACCCCAAGAUCUACGCCCGGGAAGGCAACGACCCCUACUCGGUGCGGGUGGAGGAUGGGGCGGGUGGUGGGACGCUCCCCGCGGGGCCAGCCAAGCAGUACUACAAGGAGGAGAAGGAUGGCGGCCCCGGCGCCGUCUGCAAGAUGGAGGGUGAGGAAUCUGAGGAGGACCUGGACAGCCAGGGCUCCUACAACCGGGAGCAGAUCAUCGUGGAGGUGAACCUCAACAACCAGACCCUCAACGUCUCCAAGGGGAUGGAGGGAAAGGCGGCUGCCAGCGAGGCGGCUGUGAUGGGGCGGCCCGACGGCGAUGGGCGCGACACGGAGGAGGACGGGGAGGAGGAGAAUGAAGAAGGGGAGGAAGAGGAGGAAGAGGAGGAGGAUGCGGAGGUGGGGGAGGAGGAAGAGGAGGAGCACAGUGAGGAGGAAGACCUGGAGGAGACGACAGAAGAAGAGGAGGACGAAGAUGAUGAUGAAGAUGCGUCGGAGGUGAAAAGAGAAAAGAGCGGGCAGCCCCGCAGGGGCAGCCGGGCAUCCAAGGCCACCAAAUCCACCAUGGCCACCAGGUCGCAGGAGAUGGCCAAGGCAGAAGAGGAGGAGGAGGAGGAAGAAGAAGGGCAGCGAGGGAGGAAGAGGAAGAAGGAACAGGACGGGCUGGGCCAGAAGGUGAAACUGGAGGAGAAGCAGCACUACCCGUGCAAGAAGUGCCCCCGAGUCUUCAACAACCGCUGGUACCUGGAGAAGCACAUGAACGUCACGCACAGCCGCAUGCAGAUCUGCGACAAGUGCGGCAAACGUUUCCUGCUCGAGAGCGAGCUGCUGCUGCACCACCAGACCGACUGCGAGAAGAACAUCCAGUGCGUGACAUGCGGGAAGGGCUUCAAGAAGCUCUGGUCGCUCCAUGAGCACAACAAGAUCGUCCAUGGCUAUGCCGAGAAGAAGUUCUCCUGCGAGAUCUGCGAGAAGAAGUUCUACACCAUGGCCCAUGUGCGCAAACACAUGGUUGCUCACACCAAGGACAUGCCCUUCACCUGCGAGACCUGCGGGAAGUCCUUCAAGCGCAGCAUGUCCCUCAAGGUCCAUUCGCUGCAGCACUCGGGGGAGAAGCCUUUCAAAUGCGAGAACUGCAACGAGCGCUUCCAGUACAAGUACCAGCUGCGCUCCCACAUGAGCAUCCACAUCGGGCACAAGCAGUUCAUGUGCCAGUGGUGCGGGAAGGACUUCAACAUGAAGCAGUACUUCGACGAGCACAUGAAGACGCACACGGGCGAGAAGCCCUACAUCUGCGAGAUCUGCGGGAAGAGCUUCACCAGCCGCCCCAACAUGAAGCGGCACCGCCGGACCCACACGGGCGAGAAGCCCUACCCCUGCGACGUCUGCGGCCAGCGCUUCCGCUUCUCCAACAUGCUCAAAGCCCACAAGGAGAAAUGUUUCCGCGUCAGCAACCCCUUGGCUUCGGACACGGCCGCACCCCAGCCCGCCGCCAGCCCGGCCCCGCUGCCCCCCGGCCCCGGUGUCUCCCCGCUGCCGCUGCUUCAUCCCCUCCCACAGAGCCUCCCUCCUCCUCCUCACCUACCGCCCCCGCCUCCCCUGUUCCCCGCGGGGAGGAUAAAUUCCAAUAACAACUAGGUGCCCCCCCACACCCCGCACAGACUGCUCUGCCCUUCGGAAAUGCCCGGGGAGCCAUGGCUUCGCUUGCUCUUUACCCCCCUUCCUCCUCAUUUUGGGGUUGUUUUGGUGGGCUUUGUUUUUUUUUUUUUUUUUUCAUUUUCUUGCCUGUAUUUUUUUUUUUUUUGUGGAGAGGGGGAGCUGGGGGAAGCCCCCCGAGGAGCAUGGAUGCUGGGGGGGGGGACACCGUCCGUAAAGGUGCAGAUAAAAGGCAUCGCUCUCCAUUUUGUCCUAGCCAUCAGCCCCCGUGCAGUCUUCCACCAGCAGUCCCCAUCAUUGGGAAAACAGGGAAGGGAAGCCUCUCCCAGGGGGAUUUUUCCCAACAGGAGGUGGCGAUCCAACCCAGCGAGGGGACGGAUGCCGGCGUGCAGGUUCCAUCGGCUCCAUCCCCAGCUGGGCUACUCGUCCCGACCCUCCCUGGCUUGCCGUUUCCCCACGCAUCGCCUUCAUCUCCAUGCCAAGAGGGCUGUGGGGCACGGAGGGACACGAUGCUGCGCCAUCCGGGGUGCCAGCACUUCCGUAUUUAUAAGCAGAAAUCUAGCUAGUGGUGCUUGAAUCCCUGUACUGUAAAGCUGGUCUUUAAUCUGGCCUUUUCCCCGAGAGUUGAGGUGGGCACCGUGCAAGAGCUUUCCGCCGGCCCCGGUGGCCUGUGGCGAGUAGAUGUCCCUGUUGGAGAGCCAUCAGCAGCCCUCGCCUCGUCUUCCUGCCCUGACACAGGUUUUCCUCCCCGAUAGGCAAAAGCACAAACACCAGUGCUGCGUCCUGGGGCAUCGGCAGCCAGCUGCCCCUUUGGUUUUGGGGUUUGGGGGAAUUUUCUUCUGGUCCCAGUGAGAGCUGGCUUUUUGGGGGUGCUCUGGAGUUUGCAGGGUGGCUUUGGAGGAGCUCAAAUGGCCUCGGGACUGGUGGGAGGGUGGCUCCGGGAUGGAGGAGCGGGACGCAGCCCGUUCUUGGCAGAAUCAGCCCAGAAUAGUGCCUUAACAAUUCGAAUAAACCCCUGACCCAUGGGGGAGCUCCAGGCUGGGAGCUGUUGGGUCUCAUCCCAAGGAUUAGAGCCUGGUCAGCCUGAUGACAUCCCGUCCUCCAACUUCUUGCCGUGCCAGGAAAGCCCACGUUGCUCUACCAAGCUUCACCUCCCCGUAGGGUUGGCAGCCCCUCGGGGGGACCGGAGGGGACCGAUGUGCCCGUGUUGUCCCGAAAAGGGCUGUGGUUGGCUCAGCGAUGCCCCACGGACGGGUUAGCACCUCUCUGGCCACCUUGUCCUUGAGUGUUCCUCUCCCAGUGAGCUGAAUGAUGUUGAAGUUGAGCUGGUCUUGGAUUUCACUUAUUCAGGCUGGCUUCGUGCCAGCGGGGGAGAAGAGGAAUCGUGGUGGGGAGCGGCAAAGCCAGGGAGGUUUUGCUGUUUUUUUUUUUUGUUGUUGUUGUUGUUGUUUGUUUGUUUUGUGUUUUUUUUCUCACAUGCCUGGGGUCCAAGCUGGGUCUCUUGCUGCUGUGAUUUACCUUGGGGUGUCACAUGUUGAUCUGACCACAGCUCUGUGGUCUCUCUGCCCGGGAAGGUGUUCCCAUUCUGGGUCGGGGUGAGCUGGGAGCACCGCAGAGCCCCCAGCCUGGGCAGAGAGGUGCUGGGCAAGAACUGGGGCUCGUUGCAGCUGAUGCCUCGUUGCCCAGGCCAGCAGAUGUGUGUGGAUGUGAUCAAGUCGUGGAGGAGGUGCUGAGGAGGUCUGAUGGUGGUUAAGGAGGGAGAGAGGACACUGCAGGAGCCCUUUCUUGUUUGCACCUUGGUCUGGGCAGUGUUGGGGUGCUGGGGAGGGUGAUCCACGCCUGGCUCUGCGCGAAGUCUUUGUGCUUCGUCUUCUGGACCAAGCCAGCAAAGCACUUGGGCACCUCUGAACCUGUCCCUGCGGAGCCAGGAGGGCUCAUCCAGGUGCUCGGGAGCUCUGCUGGAUGGGGUUGUGCAGGGGCAGCAGCCUGACUGGGACAGGGGAGCACCCGCUGUCCUCGAG